AUGAAACGGGCACAGCCCCUGUCGACCAUUAAUAAGAAACUGACAAGUGUUCCAGAAUUACCUUAUCAAAAAGGACUACUCAACUCCUCACCUAAGCCAAAAGAAAAACGUAAUGCCAAGUCACAAUAUGAUAAGAUCGAACCAAUGGUCCUAAGGUCUCCACCCACAGGAGAAUCAGUUGUACGUUAUGCCUUGCCAAUACCAUCAAGUAAGACAAAGGAUUUAAUAGCAGAAGAUGAAAUGGUCAGGAGGAUUACCAAACACCUGAAAAUGGUUGUUACUACUUUGGAAGACACAUAUGGAACUGUAGAUGAAGAUAGAGAAAAAACACUGACGGAACCUACAGAAGAGGGCGUGUCUUUAUCUGUUGGUGAUGAUAUGACUACAUUCUUGCAGUACUGUUCACAGUUUGCAGCUCAGAUUGAGGAAGCAGUUAAGGAAGAACGUAACAUUUUGGAGUCUCUUUUCAAGUGGUUUCAGCAACAAGUCAACCAAAUGGAGGAGAUUGGUAAAGACCAAAGCAUUUUAGAAGCAGAUCUCCCAUCAGAUGAUAAAACGCUCAACUUAAACAUCACACAAAUAGUAAAUCUGGUACAUAGAUUUGAAGAUCUGAAAACUCGUUUGAAAGGGCACAGGGGAUCCCUGCUGUCUAAACACAUGGAAAAAGACACGCUGCCAGAUUCAAUAAAAAAUUACGAAGCUAUAGAGAAGCAAAUCGAAGAAUUCAUAAAAUCUCACUCAGCUUACGAAUCUCAAAUUGCUUCUGAAACUGAGCCAGCUCCUUAUUCAGUGACUAAACGGAUGAAUGUGAUGAUGAAAAUAUUUGAAAAUCAGACAAAUAUGUUAGAGAGAGCUUUAAAUGAUCAGAGUAUAGUUGAGACUAAAUAUAAACAGAUGGAAACUGAUUUUCAGAUGUUGUUAUUGGAGAAAACCCUACUGGAAACUGAAAUACAGAGGAUGAAAGAGUCAGAGUUACUGGCCAUCCAGGCAGUGUCUGGCAUGGGCUCCCAAAUUAAACCAAUCAUUGACUGGUCACUCCUGCCAGCUCUGAGCCACCAUUGCCCCAGCAUAUCUUCCAGGCAGGUUGUAGGUUAUAAGUUUUGUCACUGCAUUGGUGUUCCAGUCCAGGAGCCUUGCCUGGUUACAGAUGACUGCUCGGCCCCUUCAUUAGGAAAGCAAAGCCGUCAGGUAAAAGAAGAGCGAACCAAGAAAUCCACAAGAUUAGAAAAGAAAAAAGAGAAAGAUUCAGACAGGUGA